ACUGAUGGACUAAAGUAUAAGGCUACUGCUACGCCAGCUCUCUCUCUCUCUCUCUCUCUCUCUAUUUUAAAAGGAAGAGAAAGUCUCUCUCUCUCUCUCUCUCUCUCCAUUACAGAAUCGAGCGAUAACAACCAGUCAAAAACAGUAAACCUAACCCUAAAAAUCUCUCUCCACACACACGCACACACUCUCUCUCUCUCUCUGGAAACGCUAAGUCUUUCAAAAUCAGGGUUACUGACGACUAGGGUUUUUGGAUGUGAGAUCGUUCGGAUCCGUAAUGGCCGAUCUUCCCGGCGACGCCAGCGGCAGCAGCGAGGGCUUCUCCCCGGCAGCGCCGAGCAAUGGCCGUACGGAUGCGACGCCGAUGACGGUGUCGGGAUCGUUCAAGGGGUCGAGGAGGCGGACAUCGGUCCGGCCGAGCCUCGAUGCGGAUGAGUUCAUAAAUCUGCUGCACGGGUCGGAUCCGGUCAAGGUGGAGUUGAAUCGGUUGGAGAAUGAAGUCAGAGAUAAGGAUCGGGAGUUGGGGGAAGCACAGGCGGAGAUCAAGGCAUUGAGGUUGUCCGAACGUUUAAGAGAGAAGGCGGUUGAAGAGCUCACUGAAGAAUUGGCUAAGGUGGAUGAGAAGCUCAAAUUAACCGAGUCUCUUCUGGAAAACAAAAAUCUUGAAAUUAAGAAAAUAAAUGAUGAGAAGAAAGCAUCCAUGGCUGCACAAUUCGCGGCAGAAGCCACCCUUCGAAGGGUUCAUGCAGCUCAAAAGGAUGAUGACAUGCCACCCAUUGAAGCCAUUCUUGCACCUCUGGAGGCAGAGCUGAAGCUCGCUCGUCAGGAGAUUGCAAAGCUGCAGGAUGACAACAAGGCAUUAGAUCGCCUCACUAAAUCAAAGGAGGCAGCUCUACUUGAAGCAGAAAGAACUGUCCAGAUAGCAUUGGCAAAGGCCUCGUUAGUGGAUGAUUUGCAAAAUAAGAAUCAAGAGUUAAUGAAACAGAUUGAAAUCUGCCAGGAAGAAAAUAAGAUAUUGGACAAAAUGCAUCGCCAAAAGGUUGCGGAGGUUGAAAAGCUUAGCCAAACUGUGAGAGAGCUAGAAGAGUCUGUUCUUGCUGGUGGUGCAGCUGCAAAUGCCGUGAGAGAUUACCAACGGAAAGUUCAGGAGAUGAAUGAUGAGAGGAAAACCCUUGACAGGGAACUGGCCCGCGCGAAGGUGACAGCAAAUAGAGUUGCUGUAGUAGUAGCAAAUGAAUGGAAAGAUGCUAAUGACAAAGUAAUGCCUGUUAAGCAAUGGCUUGAAGAUAGAAGAUUCUUGCAGGGAGAAAUGCAGCAACUUCGAGAUAAACUUGCUGUAGCGGAGCGAACUGCAAAAUCUGAAGCACAGCUGAAAGAAAAAUAUCAAUUGCGACUGAAAGUACUAGAAGAGGGAUUAAAAGCACCCAUGAAUGGUAAUAAUCGCGCUAGCUCAGAGGGUAGAAGUGUAAGCAAUGGACGUUCACGCCGGCAGUCGCUGGGUGGAGCGGAGAGUAUCUCCAAAUCAACCUCCAAUGGCUUUUUAUCGAAGAGAACACCAUCAUCCCAGUUGAGAUCCUCACUUACUAGUAGCACCAGUACGGUAUUGAAACAUGCAAAAGGAACAUCAAGGUCAUUUGAUGGUGGCACCAGGUCAUUAGACAGGGGUAAAGUCCUCUCUAAUGGGAUUAGCUUAAACCGUUCUCUCAACAAAUCUUCUGAGGCAACUAGAGACAGUGAGACGCCUAAUGCUCGGAAGGAAAACUCAGAUGAAAAACUGAAUGAAUUCUCUAGUGUUGAUUCAAAUGAUAGUGUCUCUGGAUUGUUAUAUGACAUGUUGCAAAAGGAAGUCAUUUCUUUGAGGAAAGCCUGCCAUGAAAAAGAUCAAAGCCUUAAAGAUAAGGAUGAUGCAAUUGAGAUGUUAGCGAAGAAAGUAGACACACUAACCAAAGCAAUGGAGGUUGAGGCCAAGAAAAUGAGAAGGGAAGUAGCUGCAAUGGAGAAGGAAGUAGCUGCCAUGCGCGUGGAUAAAGAGCAUGAAAAUAGGGCCAAGCGCUUUGGUAGUUCCAAAGCCCCUGUGAAUGGUUCUCAGUUGCUCCCUGGGAGAAAUGUUUCGCGAAGUGGGCUGAUGCGCAACCUCCAAUGACAUGACCCCCAGUUCGAAGGUGGUAAGGAACAUCCACAUAGGCUUUCAAUUCUUUCUGUUUCUGUUUUCAUUGAUUUCCAAGAUGGUAACCGGCGGCCGUGCUGAUGAAUCUGUGAUCAUGGAAUUUGCGUGGGAAAGGAAAAAUAUCGGAGGAAGAUAUCGGUCCGCUUCUGACUUUGACUGUUUCUGUAUUUGAGGUAGUUCAAAAAGAAAAAGAACAAGAAAAAAAACAAGACAUUGAAGUUGGCUAACCUUUUGGCAGGUUUUUGUUUUUGAUGGGACAGUGCUUGCUUGGUUGUAUAGGUUGUUGGGAGGGAUUUUUCCCACCUUACCUUUUUCUGUCUUAAUUUUUUUUUUUUUUUCCUGUUGUUGUAAUUUGUAAUCUGUAGCAGUGUGAUGGUGGGUUGCAUCUCGGGUUGUGAAUAUUUCUUUUAAUCAGAUUCUUAGUGCUGUCAUGGUGUGUUAAUCUCA